CAACACGAAGCCGACAUUUUGACGUCAACAAUUUGUUGCUCAUUUUGGAUUGUAUAUAUAAAAACUAAAUAGAAUAGUGCAAGAUGUUUACACUCUGGACAUUAGUAGAGGCUUCCUUGCUGUGUUUAAAUGCCGUUUGCAUAUUGCAUGAGGAACGGUUUCUGGCCAAGUUCGGCUGGGGCAGACAAGCAAACCAACAGAACUUUGGACCACCCACAGCAAAGGAUCAAGUGCUUAAUCUCAUACGAUCCAUACGCACAGUUGCCAAGAUUCCGCUUAUAUUCUUAAACGUUAUAGCAAUUAUAUUUAAGCUUUUACUUGGUUAAAUAUUAAAAAUCUAAUUUUACAUAUGUACU